AUGUUUUGUGAUAAUGGGCACUUGGCGUGCGCUUCUUGCUGUCCCAAACUGAAUGGUAAAUGCCCAGCUUGUGCUUUGCCUAUCGGCCACGUUCGCUGCAGAGCAAUGGAGAGUGUUCUUAUAUCAGUCUUCGUCCCAUGCCCAAACGCCAUGUUUGGAUGCGCCAAGAAUGUAACUUAUGGCACUGAAUCAAUCCAUGAGAAGGAAUGUGUCUUCUCUCGAUGCUCCUGCCCUGCACUAGACUGCGAUUACACUGGAUCAUACAAGGAUCUCUGGGGUCACUAUGAUACCCACCAGAAAAAGGGCCUGAAAAAUCUCGGCCAAAGGCUCGCUACUCGGUUAACUUGUGGCGAUUCCUUUAUUGCCCGGAUGAACAUCAGCGAUAAGAUUUUAAUCAAGAUUCAAGAGGGAGUGUUUGAUGAAACUACUGUUCGUAGUGCAGUGUUUCAGGGAGCCGUGUGGUGUGUAUGUAACUGUAAGCUGCAUUGCACCACCUUCUCCGGAAGUAGAAAAGUUCUAGUAUUAUAUCUUCUACAUUGUGGACGGACACACCAUGUCUUACAGAUCUCCAGAAGUAAAGAGGAUCUGCAAAGUGAGUUUUCAAACCCCUCAGGAGAAUUUCAUGUUGAUCCCUCAAAGCUUCUUGCGUGGUGA